AUGGGUAGACGUCCAGCGCGGUGCUACCGCUAUAUCAAGAACAAGCCUUACCCGAAGUCCCGCUUCUGCAGGGGAGUUCCGGACGCGAAGAUCAGAAUCUUCGAUUUGGGAAACAAGAGGGCUAAUGUUGAGGUGUUCCCAGCAUGCGUGCACAUGAUGUCCAAUGAGCGUGAGCAUCUUUCCUCCGAAGCUCUUGAAGCCGCCCGUAUUUGCGCCAACAAGUACAUGGUCAAGAACUGCGGAAAGGUAUUUAAAAAAAAAGUAAUUCCUAAUAAUCAAUUGAUUUCAUUCAGGACGGAUUCCAUCUCCGUGUGCGCAAGCAUCCAUUCCACGUUACCCGUAUCAACAAAAUGCUUUCCUGUGCCGGAGCUGAUAGACUCCAAACUGGAAUGCGUGGAGCUUACGGAAAGCCACAAGGAUUGGUCGCUCGUGUCGACAUCGGCGACAUCCUCUUCUCGAUGAGAGUCAAGGAUGGUGUGAGUUUUCGAACUAGCUAUUCGGUGCAACAGUUUGUCAUUUUAGAAUGUCAAGCACGCCAUUGAGGCCUUCCGUCGUGCCAAGUUCAAGUUCCCAGGGCGUCAAAUCAUCGUCUCUUCCCGCAAAUGGGGAUUCACCAAGUGGGAUCGCGAGGACUACGAGCGCAUGCGUGCUGAAGGAAGACUCGUCUCCGAUGGAGUUGGUGUUCAACUCCAGCGCGAGCAUGGACCACUCUCCAAGUGGAUUGAUAACCCAAUCUAA